AUGAAGCAGCCGAAAGAAGUUGGAGUGACAGGUCGAUUAUGGUGUCACGUGGGUACAAAGAAAGACUACACUCCUCAACAAUGUGAAGCCGGUGUCGAAGAGUGUUUUAUGUUUCAGUGUAGUGGAGGACAACAUGAUUUCUACGUGCGUGGCUGUGGCGUUUCAAUUCUAACAAAAGCGACCGGCUUGCAGAAUGAAAGCUGUUUUCAGGCACAAGGUGUUUGCCAAUAUCUUGGAGGCGAAAGCGACUGCGAGACUUGUCACAAAAGACACAUGUGCAACACGACAAACUCCUCAAAUUUCUCUCUAUUAUCUAUCUUUUCUUUACUUCUUUUUCUAUUCACA